GCCACAGGGGGUCCCCAGGACCGAGUUUGGGAAACACUGUUCUAAAGACUAUCAGUUUAAACUUUAACUAUUAAUACACAUACAUUAUUUUGCGUUGAAAAUUCCAAAUAAUGAGCAAAAUGUUAUACGGAAAUGAAUAGCUUGCAACGACCAGGAGGAUAUUGUAUAAAGAAAUGGCACAUUAUACAGUACAUGUUUUUAGUGUUUGCUAAAAUUAUUAAACGCGUCCUGAACACAAUUAUUGAUCAAAAUCAGGCCGGUUUUAUUAGUAACAGACAUAUAUUUAAUAACAUUAGAUUAGUUCUUGAUCUAAUUGAUUAGUCACAUUUUAUUUUGGAUGACAGUUGUAUGCUUUUCAGGAUUUCUAAAAAGCUUUCGAUACUGCUGAACAUCACUUUAUUUUUUAUAGUAUAGAAAAAGAUGGAAUUGGAAAUUAUUUUUGCAAAGGUUUGAGAACUUUACUUUUAAGUGGAAUUAAGGCAUUUCACUAGUCAAAACCUCUGCUUGUAAAGAGGAAUUGGGCACGUUUCUUUUUUAGUUUUUUCUACUUGUGGCACUAGUUUUUGAAAUCUGAUUAAAUAUUUUCAUUUGGAAGGCAGUUUUGUUGCUGGAAGAGGUACCAUAAGUCAUCUGACAGAUGAGACAAUGUUAUUUUUGAAAAACUAUGCAGCGUUUUCUGCAGGUCUUUAAUACCUGGGAGCAUAACUGAACAAACAAGUUGGAAAUGGGAGUUAAGAAGUACUUCUGCUAAGCUUAUUUGUAUUUUCCAGAUGGAUAAAUCUGGACUCAGUACCUGGCAGUUACUGUGGGUGGAAGGAAGGAUGGUUAGAAGCAGGAAGAGAGGAAGAAAACAGUGGACCACUAGCCAAAGGCAUGCUAAAUGGCCAUUAGGGAGAAGAGCUACGUAGAAGACAGCCAGUGCAUCUGCUGAAGGGACACAAUAGAGAGCAGGAAUGAGACGGGGAUUAAUCGGCCUCACAUGCUGCCCGCGAUCUUUCUCUCCAUUGUAGUGAGAACAAUGUGGUCAUGCUGGGGGAUGUUUAAAAGGGAUAAGCAGAGCGGCAGGCGCACAACAGCGGCAGAGGAAGGGAGACAGAGACAUCGAGAGAGUACGUGAGUUACUGAAAGAUUCUUCAUGCUGUAUACUCUAGCUGGUGGGGGGACACUCUGUGGAGUUUCUGCCCUGGUGCUACUCAUUGUUUCCACUUCUACUGAUUUCUGGAUGCAGUAUCGUUACUCUGGGAGUUUGGCUAAUCAAGGGCUUUGGAGGUUUUGCAUUAACCACAAGUGCCACAGUCACACCAUCACUGUAGCAUUCUGGGAUGCCACACGUGCAUUUAUGUUGUUGGCCAUCCUUAGCUGUUUCACUGGCAUCAUCUUAGGCUUGAGUGCCUUUGUGAAUGGAGCCAAGAACAAGAAAGUGAAGAUGGCUGGCAUUGCACUAAUCAUCUCUGGUUUCCUAGCACUUCUUGCUCUUGCCAUUUACACCGGGGUAACAGUGCACUUCUUUGGGAAGCGGUUUGUUGACUGGCGGUUUUCUUGGUCCUACAUCCUUGGCUGGGUAGCAAUCAUUCUGUCUUUUGCUGCUGGUGUUUUUCAAUUGUGUGCUCACCAGAAAAAUAAUAAUGCAGUGCCCACCAUCUCCAACCUGACUGACAACUAGAUGGUUUGUGCAACAAGCUAAAGAGAGGUUCCAACUGUUGCAUAAUUGCAAAACUUUUUAUUGCGUGAGACAACAAUGUUGUUGACAGUUGGUCAAUGUCUGCAAUGCCCCUUUCUCCCAGCACCAACACACUUUUAGCAAGCUUUAUCUCCACUGUGACUGAAUGUGUGGAGCCACAUCAAUGUAGACCUGUCUUUAAUGAGACUGACAAUGAUGCAUCAACAACAACCGAAAAAUAAAUCAACCUCUGCAAAGACUGAAGGGACACCGACCUAUUAGGCAGGGCCUGUAGUGAUGGUAAACUGGAGAAAGACUGAGGUUCCCUCUCUAACAGUGACACCCCCUCACUUGCUUGACUGAGGUUGAAAUUAAGUAUUUGCUUAGGCUCCAACUUUGUCUUUCACUCGGUGAUUCUGACGCUAACAUGCUUAACAGUAAAGGGCCUAUCUUUAAUAUGACUGACAGCCACUUUUGCCCCAAUUAUGACUGAUAAUAGAGCUGCUCCAUUCAUGUCACUCACUCUGUGGCUCUUAACAUGCCCGUUACAGAGAGUCUGCAAUUAAACUCCAUCGAAUUCACAUUAGAGAUAAAAAUGGGGUUUUCACUUCCACUUUCUAUUAAACACUACACCUUUAGUACACUCAACACUAAAUCCAGACAGCCAGAUUGACCGUGUGCCUCUCAAGUCAUAAAUAACAGGUUCUGUCUCCUCUGAUCUACUGAAAUAUUUUGAUUCUGUGGCCCAUUUUUCUUUCCUCCCUUGCUACUAAAUUGAGCCGUAGUUGCUUUUUCAAUAUGUUAUCUGUCAAGAUCUUCAGAUUCAGUGAUUGAAUUCUGUCUCUGACUACUGACUUAUUCUUGUGAUCCAAACCUUAAAUCUAUGAGGUCUGUCCAGAAAGUAUCCAGCCAUGUAAUACAAAAAAGAGAUACAUUUAUUGAAGAAGAUACAAACUACAUUGUACAUAAUACAAUGACACCUCAGUCCCAUUCAAAGUAGGCUCCUUGGGACCUCACACAGUUCUCCCAGCAUCUCUUCCACUGUUCAAAACACUCUGCAAAAUUCUUUGUUGGAAUCGCCAUCAGCUGCCUUGUUGUAUUUUCCUGAAUCUCAUCGAUGGUCUAAAAUUUCUUCCCUUUCAAAGGUGAUUUUAGUAUUGGGAAAAGCCAGAAGUCACAGGGUGCCAA